AUGGAGGUUCAAUCUGCUACUAACGCCGGUCCCUGGCAGGGCCAGCUCGACAACGUUUGCCGAGAUGCUCAACUGACACCCCCAGUAUUCCAAAUUGUGUCAGAUCGCCGAGGUGGUCGAACUGCUUGGUCUAGCAGAGUGACUGUCCAUGGCAAGACUCUCGCAGCCCGAUUUUGGUAUGACGGCAAAAACCUCAACAAUGCCAGAGAAGAUGCUGCUGAAUGUGCCGUCAAGUGGUUGACCGGGUCUGAUUCUGGUUCUCCUCCUCAGUCAUAUGGUUGGUAG